GGCACAACUGCCGUGGCACACCCGCUGUGGCUUUCGGCACUGCUUAUCAUCAUCACUUGGUUGCCCGGUUGGUUUGUUUACUCACCUCAGGCAGGCUACCUUCCCAUUUCCUACACUGUCACAGUCGCUGCCAUUGAUGCCAUCGAACGAUAACCAAGUGCACAACCACCCUUGUUAAAGGUUUGCCGCAGUCUUCGCGAACGUUUCAGUUGCUUGGAGUCGCGACGAAAGACACAAGGAAAUCAGACGGCAAUUCAUACAAAACACCUGUGGACCGGCGCCGGUCUAUCGUUGCCUACAGAGGGACAAUCGACUCGUUCGUCGACUUGCAGCCACACCUGAGUCAUAGAUACACAACGUAGAGAUGUCCAUGCCCUCCGCGUAUAAGCCAUCUCCGCUUGGAUAUGGCUCACCACGAUCCUCGCCAUUCAGGCGCCCGCAGUCGCCAGUAUCUCCUUCAGCUCUGCGGCAAACCACGCCAUCAACAUCACCGACAAAGCAAGGGGUUGCCGAUAUAGCCGCGAAGUUCAUGUGCAGUCCUACCACAAGCCCUGCGCCAGAGCCGCGGACAAUGCGUCGACAUGCUGCAGGGGAAGACACCCCUGAGCAACAACUCCUACAGCAGCGCACCUAUUCAAGGCCGGCAAUCGCGAGCACGGCGGUUCACGGAAACGCGUUGUCACAACUGCAGCCCUCACAAGCGCGGACAAUGAGGGAAGCAUUCCAAAUACUGGAUCGAGACAGCGAUGGUCUUGUCAACAAGGAAGACGUCACGGACAUGCUCAAUCAAUUGGGACUACCCUCGAAUGCGUCCGAAGUCGCGCACUUCUUCCCCCCAUCGGGACCACAAACGAUGACGAUGGCGCUGUUUCUCAACUCGAUAGCUGCGCCGCUAGCCGCCUUGUCGCCCAGCUCGGAGCUGCUAUCUGCCUUUUCGGCAUUUGACGACGACGACAGCGGCCAGAUAGACGUUGAGGAGCUCAGAGAUGCCGUGCUGCACACGGCACCGGAGCCCGGCCAGGAGCCCUUGACGGCACUCGAUGUCGAGAAGGUAAUCGCUGGCUUCACCGGGCGAAGGGCCUUUAGCAAGGUCACGGCCACGGGCUUGGGCAAACGGGGCGAGGUAUUCCGGUACCAGGAUUUUGUAACCACAAUAGUUGGAGGGAACGGAGAUGCUGCUCAGGCUGCUUCUGAGGCAGAGGACGAAUGAGUUUCGCCUGGGCGCCAUGGGCGUUGUGGCUUUGGAUGAUGCAUCAACAGAUACAUAUGAGAAUGACAACAGAAUUGCUAUGUAUUCUGAGCGGUUGAUAAGGGCAAGGUUGGGUUGGGUUAUCAUUCUCUGUCAUGCUGGGCUUAGCGGGGAGCAACUUUCUAACUGGAAAUAACUGAAGGACCGGUUCAGGUUGCGCUGUGGCCGUCACACUAGGCGCCAUUGCCUGACAUGCACUGGCAUAUAUAAUGUGAUACCGACCAAGCACUUGUUUCCAACCAAAGAAGACAACGUAAUGCAGUACAGGUCAGGCUGUUUGCUUCGACUUGUCCGUGCAGUCGAGCAAUGUCCCUCAAGGA